AUGAUGAAUUUGAUACUGGAGAAAGGACACAGUCGAGUCCCGGUGUACUAUGAGCAGUCAUCCAACAUAAUUGGGUUGAUCCUGGCCAAGAAUUUAUUGACAAUCCACCCUGAAGAUGAGACCCCUGUGAAGAACGUGACGAUACGUCGAAUACCAAGGGUUCCAGAAAAUUUGCCUUUGUAUGACAUACUGAACGAGUUCCAAAAGGGUCACAGUCACAUGGCUGUCGUUGUAAGCAAGUGCAACAAAACAGAACACCAGCAACAAAAUCCACCUCUCAGUAGUUCAGCAAACAAGGAAGUGAGAGUUGACGUGGAGGGGAAGCAGCCUCACAAGGAGAAGUCAUUUAGGAGGACCAAGACAAAGUUUGAAAUGUGGAAGAGCUUUGCCAACAAUAGCGGCAGUUCGUUGAAGAGCACUUCAAAGAGUAGGAGAUGGGCAAAGGAUGUCGACUCGGACAUCCUCCAAAUCGAUGGCUCUCUCCCAACGCUUCAUCAGGAAGAAGAAUCUGUUGGAAUCAUAUCAAUGGAAGAUGUCAUUGAAGAACUUUUACAGGAGGAGAUUUACGACGAGACAGACCACCACUACGAGGAGUAG